CCGUCGUUGCAUAGACUAUACUCCUCCGAGCCGCCGCAAACACUCGCGGACCCGACGCGUCCCGACCUCUUCUACCACCUCGUCUCUCUCCCUUCCUCUUCCUCCUCAGCACCACCCACCCAGGUCUAUGCUGUGUCCUUCCUCUCUUCUUCCCCACCAACACCGGACUCCGCUAGCGUUAUAGGGUGGCUGCCCGCUGAGACGGAGGGUGCUCAGGAGCAGGAUGCUGGUCUCAAUGAUUUUCGGGAAAACUCUAAGUUCCGUGUCGUGAUGCAUCGUGCCAUUCAAGAGGCCAUACGAGAAGAGGCAGAUGACGUCCUCAAGAACGGCGCCUUGCAGCUGCAGUAUGGAUGGAUGCACAUUCAUGGUGAAUAUCCUUUCCCUCCCUUCGAAUCCAUGCACCGCCGCAACAUACCGGCCCUAGGACGCAUUGGCGACCCGGAUGACAUCAUCGCGUCCGUCCUAGUCGAAGACAGCAAGAUCCUGCCGGACACGUACCAAGCCAUGCCCUCGUAUCGCAUCUGCACCGCCGACGGACCUACGCAGCUCACCGAGGGCCUGGCACAGAAACUCAAGACCCUGCUGGAA